CACCAUGGUCACUCUGUCCAUAGGCCUUUGUGUAAGCAAAGGUUUGCCUGCAAAGUCCAGAAUCUGAGCCCCUUCAAGGCAAUCACUCCUGUCCUGAAAUCAUUGUCAUAGGGACACCCGUGUUCACUGCACUACUGUGCACAGUACCAAAGAUGUGGAGUCAGCCCACGGGUCCAUCACCAGAUGACUGGAUGAAGAAAACGUAGUCUAUGCACACAGUGGGGUACUAGUCAGCCUUGAAAAAGAAUGAAAUCCCAUCAUUUGCAGCAACAUGGAUGGAACUGGAGGUCAUUAUGGAAAAUGAAGUAAGCCAGGCACAGGAGAACAAAUAUCACAUGGCCUAACUCGUGUGUGGGAGCCAGAAGAGAGGAUCUCAUGGAUUAGAGAGUAGAAGAUUGUGACUAUAGCUGGGAAGGGUGGGAGGUUGGUUAAUAGGCACAGAUACACAGGUAGUUAGAAUAAGUUCUGAAAACCGAACUUGACCGUGCACAUGCCUGCCGCCGCCCUCAACGGCGCUGGGAGCGUCCACUCACCUUCUACCAGUAUGGCAACAUCCUCACAGUAUCGACAGCUGCUGAGUGACUAUGGGCCACCAUCCCUAGGCUACACCCAGGGAACUAGGAAUAGCCAGGUGCCUCAAAGCAAGUACACAGAGCUGCUGGCCAUCAUUGAAGAGCUGGGGAAAGAGAUCAGACCCACCUAUGCAGGGAGCAAGAGUGUAAUGGAACGGCUGAAGCAUGGAAUCAUUCAUGUUAGAGGAUUGGUUCGAGAGUGCUUGGCUGAAACGGAACGGAAUACCAGAUCCUAGCCGCUUUUUUGGUUUUGACAGUUUUCCAUCUUUUUACAAGAUGAGAAGUUGCAGUUCAUCUCUCCUGUUCAAAUGAAACUUUUGUUUUCAAAAUGGUCAUUUGUUUUUUCCUCCCAUGGUUCACUUAACUUGGAACCAACAGUCUCAAAGAUUGAGAAAAUAUUUUGCGGUUAAUUAGGAUUUACAUAUUAAGUAGUUAGGAACCACUUUGGAUUUUUUUUUUUUUUUUAAGCAUUGAUUUAAAAGAUGCACGUGAAGUUAUCUUACAGCGAACUAGUUUGCCUCCAAGUCACCCUGGUCUCCUUUUACUCUUUUGAAUAUAUUUCUGUUUACCCACGUUGUUCUUUGUUCCUUUUCAUAAACUGAUGCAGCUCUAGGGAUUGUUUUAAUGCACACUGACAGCACGCUCUCCUUAGUAGCUGGUCCCUGUUUCCCAUACAGUGUAGAUUCUGCUUAAUGUAACUUCCUUUUUGCUUAAGCAUUUGCAUGACUAUUAGUGCUUUGAAGUCAGUUUUAAAAAUGCACAAGUUAUAAAUACAGAAGAAAGAGCAACCCUACCAAACCUAACAAGGACCCCCGAAAAUUUUCAUACUAAGACUGUAAGUAGAUUUCAGUUCUGCAGUUACUGUAAGUUGAUAAAAAACAUCUGGAAGAAAAUGACUAAAACUGUUUGCAUCUUUGUAUGUAUUUAUUACUUGAUGUAAUAAAGCUUAUUUUCAUUAACAAAAAAAAAUAAGUUCUAAUGUCGAUAGCAGAAUAGGGUGACUGUAGUUAGCAUACAAAUGUGUUGUAUAUUUAAAAAUAGCUAGGGGAACCAACUUGAAAUGUUCCCAACACAUAAAAAAUGAUAAACGUGGCUCUGUGCCUGUGGCUCAAGCAGCUAAGGUGCCAGCCACAUACACCUGAGCUGGCAGGUUCGAAUCCAGCCCGGGCCCGCCAAACAACCAUGAUGGCUGCAACCAAAAAAUAGCUGGGCGUUGUGGCAG